AUGAUACUGGUACAUAUUUUGGCGGUUUUCUUAGUGUCUUUGCCGCUGCUAUCUGCUAGUAGUAGUCAAAAGUCUAUUUGUAAUCCGGAUUAUUUAAAUGACUUGACAAAGAGCUUCAAAUUAGACAGUGCAGAGAUUAAUAAAUAUCAGAAUCUCAUAACUAAAGUUGAGAACAAUUGUGACACGGCCAAAGAACCUAUGUUAUUGAGAUUUCUCAACCAGUUAUACUAUAAAAUUGGAUUAAUUCAAUUGUCGAAUGGGCAAGAUUUGAAGGCUAUUGACAUAUUCCAAAAAAUUCAAAACUAUGAGAAUGGUAGUGAUAACGAUGACUAUUAUUAUUUACUCUCCAAAAGCAGAUUGAAAAAUCUUUUCUUAGAAUAUGGUAUGUGGGAUAAGUUGAGAAAUGAACUUUCUGAUUCCGAUGAGGAUUUUACAGAACCUAUAGAACUAUUCAACCAAUUAAAUUCUGCACUCGUAAAGAAGUUGCAAUCUUCUUUUGAAAAUCCAGACUAUUAUAAUUCUUUGAUACAGGACGAAUUAAUUCCAAUGUUAAACAUUUCCCCUUAUAAUUUGGACGUUCUAUCAAUUUACAUUGAUGUUCUAUUCAAGCUGUUGGGCUCGAAAGAUAGUGAAAAUGACCUUUUCGGUAUAGCAAUUAGAAUUAUUAAAUCUUAUGAUUUGAUUUUGCAAAAACAUAAGACGAGUAUUUCAAUAAAUCAAAGACUGGAAAUUUACUAUUCAAAUUCGGUGUUACAAAUGUUUUUAUUGAAUAUUGAUCCAAUGCACAACUUGAAAAAAUGUCUAGCCAUAGAUAUGGAUUAUACAAAAUGUAAAAGAUUAUCAGUUUUCUUAUCAAAAUUGAAUAAAAUAAAUCCAUCAUAUGCAAACUUCUUAGAUCCAAAUAAAUUUAAUUUGGAGUUUGACAACAAUCUGGACUGGAAUAGAGCUAUUGAAUUUUAUUUGGUUGAAAAGAAGCCAUUUUACAAAUUAUUCAUGCCGGUCGAUAGCGCAUUCAAAUUUGAAAAUAAUUAUAACUUCGUUAUUACAAAAUCAACCGAAUUAAUUAAUGACGUGAUUUUCAAUAUGAGGCCUUUGAUAAGUCAUAACCUACCUAGAGCGGAAUCACAGGAAGUCGCUUUUGAAAAUAAUGAAUUCGGUAAGUUUAUCGAUUUAGUCUUGUGUCAAGCAAGUCAAGUUUUGGAAAACAAUAAAUUGAAAUCAUUGGCUAAAUCGUAUUGUAAAAAAUGCUUGAGGGAAACUUUGGAUAAGGAUCAGUACGCCGCAGUGAGUAAGGCCAUAAAUGGUCAAGAAACAUUUUCAAUUGAGCUAUUGAAUGAUUUAUGGAAUUCUUACCCACCUUUGAUACCAUAUUUAAUCACUUUGAGCUUAUCAAGAAAAUCAAAUAGUAAUAUUCAUGUCAAAACUGAAAAUCAACAUAUUUUUUUCAAAUUUAUCAAAGAAAACAAUUUAUUCCAUUCGACCAAUCCUUCUAUCAAAGCACAAGUCCGAGAAGUUGAAAAGAGACUGCAAGAAGAAGAUAAGCUAAGGCGAGAGCAACAGCAGCACAAUCAGCAUCAGCAACAACAACGACAACAAAGAUGGAGAUAUCAGCAACAAAAUUCUCGACAGCAGCAACAACAAGCGCCUCCAUCAAAUUCGAACAUGUUCAAUAAAGAUUACUACAAAAUUCUAGGUAUUUCAAAGGAAGCAACUUCAAAAGACAUUAGAAAGGCAUACUUGCAAUUAACGAAAAGAUAUCAUCCAGAUAAGCAAGGUCAUUUAUCAGAAUCUGAACAAAAAAAAAAUCAUGAAAAGAUGUCAGAAAUCAAUGAAGCCUACGAAACAUUGAGUGACGAGGCAAAGAAAAGUGAAUAUGAUUCUGUCAGAUCAGGGAAAAGUAAUCAGAACAUGUUCCGCGGUGCUAAUCCAGUUAGGAACAAUUUCAUGUUCAACCAGAGAAACCCGUUCCCACCGAACUUCAAGGUUAGAUUUCCUUAG